CUACAGACUGUCACUAUACGGUGUGCAAGUCGCUGUAAAAUGGAUUCCAAAACAGCCGUCAAUGAGCUAUAUUACUACAUUGCGGCGUUUAAUGCCCAAGACCUGGAUGGGAUUCGAGACCACCUAGACAGCGAUAUUCAAGUAUGGGUCGAUGGCAGAGUAGUUGCUUGUGGAAUAGAAGAAGUGCUACCAUCGUAUAAAAGUGACUUCGAACACAAAACCUUUGUUCGGAAUAUUCGGGCGGCAGAAGUUGUACACAGGCACGACAUGGAUACUAUCGGUAUACGUAUUGGGUUACAGACAGGAAGCACUGAUUUGACGGUUGUUUAUACCUUCCGAACAGUGGAUAUGAAGCAGGUCCCACAUGAAAUAACAGUAGAUGCUAAGAAGUGAUCUGUAACAUAUGAAUAGAAGGACGACUGACG